AUGAAGCAACACACCCCUAAUUAUCCCAUGGUGUCUCGCCAAACCACACGGCCUGAACAACCCCCGCAGAAUCACAUGGACAUGCACCAUACCCGAUUUCAAAUUCAUGUUUGCGGCCGACGCUUUUACGCGGGCCAAAUAAAGACGAGAGACGUGCUCGAAGUCCUUGAACCCCGGACUGUGGAGGAGAUUCUGCACAGGACGGACGCAAACCAGUACCAGAAGCUGAUGUUGAAGAAGGUGGUGAGGUUGGAUAGGACGUGGGAGGAGAUGAUGGAGGUUGCAGAGCAAGGACAAAGGAAGAAGAACGAGUGUCUAGUCGCCUACAUUUGUAGAUUGACGACCUAUGUCGCCUUCUUGGUUGUGUAUUGGGCUUCUCCAACGCGAAAACGGUGA